UAACCGCGUCCGUUCCUCGAGACAUCAAUGAAGACAAACCGCACUCGCUGAAGAACGAUGAGGACGAGUGAACGUUUCCUCUGAAGACACGGUGGACUUUAAUGGACCUGCCGAGGAUUUCGUACCAGGACAUCUAGCUGACAUCUCCAAAUACCUUGAAGCUCCAGAAGUAACGGAUGAAGAUACCUGUGUGUUCUUGUAAUAAAGUUUUGGAUUAACUGAGCGAGAUGGCGCAUCUGUCUUUGUACUGCCUGUUGUGUGUGUCGCUUUUGCAGUUGGUGGCUUCAUCGGGUGUAUUUGAGUUGAAAGUUGUCUCGUUCAGCACGACACGCCGCUUCUGCAGGAGGACGCGAGACUGCAGCAUCUUUUUCAGGAUUUGUCUCAAACAUUCAGAAGACGUCAUCUCCGCUGAACCUCCGUGCACCUUCGGAACCGGUCAGACAAAUGUCCUGCGAGCGGACCAGAGCUCUAUAGCCAACAGCGCAGCCAUCCGGGUGCCUUUCCACUUCAAGUGGCCGGGGACAUUUUCUCUUAUUAUUGAGGCAUGGAAUGCAGAGUCUCCUAAAGAGCAUCAUGACUACACAGAGAAUCAGAACAACCUGAUCAGUCGUUUAGCAACACGAAGACGAUUGACGAUUGGAGAAGACUGGUCUCAGGAUGUUCAUUUUGGGGAUCAGAGCGAGCUCCGUUACUCGUAUCAUGUUUUCUGUGAUGAAUUUUACUUCGGCGAGGCAUGUUCGGAUUACUGCCGUCCCCGUGAUGACACACUGGGACACUACACCUGCGAUGAGAAUGGGAACAGGGAAUGCCAGGAGGGAUGGCAGGGAGACUAUUGCUCUGAGCCCAUCUGCUCUUCUGACUGCAGUGAGCGGCACGGUUACUGCGAGUCACCUGGUGAGUGUAAGUGUCGUCUGGGAUGGCAGGGGCCAUCCUGCAGCGAGUGUGUGCAUUACCCAGGAUGCCUGCAUGGGACCUGCUCGCAGCCAUGGCAGUGUGUGUGUAAGGAGGGCUGGGGAGGCCUCUUCUGUAACCAGGACCUCAACUAUUGCACCAACCACAAACCCUGUGCUAAUGGCGCCACCUGCACCAACACCGGGCAGGGCAGCUACACUUGCACCUGCCGACCAGGAUAUGGGGGCACAAACUGUGAGCUGGAGAUUAAUGAGUGUGACUGCAACCCCUGCAAGAAUGGCGGCAGUUGCAACGAUUUGGAGAACGAUUACUCCUGUACAUGUCCUCAGGGAUUCUAUGGGAAGAACUGUGAGAUCAUUGCGAUGACUUGUGCGGAUGACCCCUGCUUUAAUGGAGGUACAUGUGAGGAAAAAUUCACUGGUGGCUAUGUCUGCCGCUGCCCCCCAGCCUUUACUGGAUCCAACUGUGAGAAGAGACUGGACCGCUGCAGCCACAAACCUUGUGCCAAUGGCGGUGAGUGUGUGGAUCUGGGCGCUAGUGCUCUGUGCCGCUGUCGCCCUGGUUUCACUGGCUCUCGCUGUGAGACGAACAUCGAUGACUGUGCCCGCUAUCCGUGUCAAAAUGCCGGAACCUGCCAAGAUGGCAUUAACGACUACACCUGCACCUGUACGCUUGGUUUCACCGGUAAAAACUGCAGCCUACGAGCAGAUGCUUGUCUCACAAACACAUGCCUCCACGGAGGAACGUGCUACACACACUUCUCUGGGCCAGUGUGUCAGUGUGUGCCUGGGUUCAUGGGUCCAAACUGUGAGUUUCCUGUGCAGGGAAGUAUGGAGCUGAUGGCCCCCCAGAUUGGUCAGACCUCACCUUCAGCAGUGGCGGUGUCAUGUGUGUUAGGUGUGCUGGCCUUGUUUUUGGGAGUGUGUGUGGGACUGGUGGUGAUCAGGAGGAGAAGGCAUAGACUGCGCAGACAGCAGCUGUGUGAGUCUGUGUUUAAUGAUUUGGAGACGGUGAAUAACUUGGACAGGCAGCACUAUCCCUAUGACAGAGACUUCAGUCAGGUGAAACCCUGCAACACUGAAGGCAGAAUCUCUUUGGCGGCUUCUCACACGCUGCCUGCUGGGCAGGACUUCCUGUGGAGUGCUGGAGGAGGACUUAGAUAAGGCAACACACACUUGUACACUCAUACUCUCGGUGUAGACACAAAUGUAGAUAAGUGAGCAUAUAUAUACACAGACACACAAACUCACAUGCAGGGAUAAGAAUUUGGAUGUAGCACUUGCUUUUGUCUUAAUUAUUAUGAAUGAAUGAAUAAUGCUUAAAUGGAUGAAUUAAAGGUGUAAUGACUGAAUAAGGCAUUGGAGCUUUGCCAUCUGUAUAGGUGGGAGACUCUGUAAACCAAAAACCAAAAGAAAGAAAUAAGCACAUCAUUGUGUGCUGGACUUUGUGAGUCUGUGUUUCCAUAUGAAGACAGACACAACUCCUAAAAGCUGAAACAGACUUAGGUUGCAGAACUCUAUAUGCAGAGAACUGAUAUCUUUAUACAAAGAUAAAGAAGUGAAAAUAACUCUAUACAAAGAGAACUAAGUAAGGAAAUACCUCUAUUGAAAGAGAAUUAGGUAAAUUAAACUUAAGAGCAUAAGGAUUAGGUCAAACUCUGGGCUCUGUAUAAGACUUUUCUCUUAUAAGGAUAAGAAUAUCACCUUUGAUUGUUUGCCAGGAUAUUGCCCGCAACAGGUGUUUUAAUAAAAAAAUAAAAAAAUAAAAUUGUGUAGAGAAAGGAAGCAAGCAACAGUCUGACCCAGAUAUGAUUAAACUAUGUUCUUCAGACCAAAUGGUAAGAUUUUGCUCCAGUUUUGUAUUGCGUAUUAAGCAGUGUGUUUUCUUCCUCGACUGGUAUGGGGAAAUGUAUCAUUGGUUCUUAUGUUAAAUUACAUAGAAUCAAUUUUCUUCAAUGGGGUUUAUGUCUAAUGAAUGUUUAUUUCUUUUGCCAGAUGUUUCCUAUUAAUUUACUCCUAGAUUUAUUUACUAUGUACUAUUUUGCAUUUUUGUACUUUUGCUUUCAAUCAUUGUCUUGUCUUUGUAAAAAAAAAUAUGAUUUAUGUUAAUUUAUUUUGUAUGUGUUUGUUACUUUAAUGAGAGAAAUAAAUUAUUUGAGAAACACUUUCUUUCAACUCUGUUCUUUUACAGUGUUUGAUUAAUAGCACACCAUUUAGUUUGGCAUUAACAUUUUGUCUCUUAAGUCAUUUUAAUGUAUCUUAUAACAAUUAAAAUAGCAGAAUGGAUUAAUAAUAAUAAUAAAAAAAAAAUUCUAUCCACGAUCAUCUGACUUUCCUCCAAUCAAGUUGAGUGCGUGCCACACAGCGUUCAGCUUUAUUUGUCCGCGCGCCCCUCCAAGUGCUCAUUUUCAGACAAGCACGGGCACAUGAAACAUGGCUAAAGAGAUACAUACCGGUUAUUCCCCGGACUUAGACAACGCUCCAGAAGAGCACGGGAUCAACUUAAAUAAGCGGCAAUCACGCGUUACGGUAAAAUACAACCGCAAACAGCUUCAGAAAAGGUUGGACGUAGAGCGAUGGAUCGAUGAAGGGUUGGACAAGCUGUACGAGGGCAAGGACAUGCCAGAGGAAGUAAAUAUUGAUGAUUUGUUGGAUCUUCCGAGUGAUGAAGAGCGAACACACAAACUACAGGUUCUUCUGCAAACCUGCACUAGUAGGACUGAGGCUUUUAUUGCCGAGCUGUUGCAGAAGCUGCGUGGUCUCCAUAAACAGGAAGAGUUGCAGAAUGAGGGAAUUGAGCAUCCCUGUCUCCAUGCUUACCCCCAUCACCAUGGCAACAUCCAUCAUCACAGAGGCAGCCAUCAACAUCCAACACAUCAGACAUUGUGAUUGCAGUUUGGAUAAUAACACAUACUCAGGACACGCAUACAAUGUAUCCAACUGGUUUAGCAGCUCAGUAACUGUGAGGUGUUUGUUUGCCAACUCAUUAAUGUGGUAUAUUAGCAGGUUUCUUGGUUGCUUGUUGACCGGGUUAUGAUUGAUUAGUGAAACUAGCAGUAUGUAAUUUACAUUUAAAGCUUAAUCUGGUGAUAUUGGUUGUUUUCAGGAUUCUUUGUCUCCACAAAUUCACAAUAAUAUACUAAAACAUGUUAACAAGGGAAACAAUUUAACAAGGAGAACAAUAUCAGCAGUCAUUAUAUCUAUGGACAUAUUAUUAAGGUUAAUAAUGUUUAUGAAUUGGUAGAUUACAUGCAAUAAAUGUUUAAUAAAAGUGACAAUUAUUUUGAAUUUGUGUGUAGUGUUAAUGGAAGGUGAAGGUGAGAGUGAUGUUGAGCUGGGGUGUGCUUUAACAUAUCGUCCACCAGAGGGAGCAGUAAUACAGUUUUAUUUAGUGUUUUAUUUUAGCAAUUUAAUGAAGACUCUGUUAAUAUAAAUGUAAACGAUUUUGAGAC